AUGCCCACCGUCCUCAAGAAGUACAAGGCCGCUGCGGUCAAUGCCGAGCCGGGUUGGUUCAACCUGGAAGAAUCAGUCCGCAGAACGAUCCACUGGAUCAACGAGGCUGGGAAAUCGGGUUGCAAACUCAUCGCCUUUCCGGAAUUAUGGAUCCCCGGAUACCCCUUCUGGACGUGGGUGUUGAGCUAUCAGGAGAGCCUGCCCUACUACAAAAAGUACCGCGAGAACAGUCUCCCCUCCGACUCAGAGGAAAUGCAGCGCAUCCGCGAAGCUGCCCGGGCAAACAAGAUCUUUGUCUCCCUCGGCUACUCUGAGAUUGACCGGGCCAGUCUGUAUAUGUCCCAGGUCAUGAUCUCGCCAACGGGGGACAUCAUCAACUACCGCCGGAAGAUCAAGCCUACUCACACAGAGAAGCUGCUCUUUGGGGACGGCACGGGCGACACGACUGAGUCUGUGGUGCAGACCGAGAUCGGCCGGAUUGGGCAGUUGAACUGCUGGGAGAACAUGAACCCGUUCAUGAAGGCAUACGCUGUCUCGCUGGGAGAACAGGUCCACGUCGCCGCCUGGCCGCUUCUUCCUGGGAAGGAGACCUGGAACACUGACGCAGUCAAUAACAAGACGGUGACGACUUCGUACGCCAUCGAAACGGGCACCUACACCCUUGGAGCAUGGCAGACCAUCACUGAGGAGGGUCUCAAACUCAACCUGCCACCGGAAAAGGUGCCCAAAGACCCAAAGGUUUUCAAUGGCCACGGCCGCAUCUUCACCCCUGAUGGCCGGAGUGUUGGUCCCGAGCCGGACAAGGACUUCGAAGGCCUGCUGUUUGUCGACAUCGACCUUGAUGAGUGCCACUUGCCCAAGACCUUGGCCGAUUUUGGAGGGCACUACAUGCGCCCAGAUCUCAUCCGUCUGCUAGUCGAUGACAACCGGAAGGAUUUGGUUGUGCGUGAGGACCGCUUCAAUGGGGGCGUGGCCUACACGCGGACUAUCGACCGAGUUGGUCUGUCGAAGCCUCUCAGCCUGAGUGAAACUGGCGAUGAGUAG